AAGUCUCAGGCGAGCGGCUCGCACCGUCGCUCCAGGCUGCCCCGGAGCCUCUGCCGCGCGCGCCGUCGCCAGCCUCGCGAAUAACAAAAGAACCUGGAAAAGUUGGAGAAGAUAAAGUAUAUUCAGUAUCCAGAUCAGGAGAUCAACAAGCCAGGAAAUGCACAAUUUUGAGGACGAGUUAACAUGUCCCAUUUGUUAUAGUAUUUUCGAAGACCCUCGAGUUCUACCAUGCUCUCAUACAUUUUGUAGAAAUUGUUUGGAAAAUGUUCUUCAGGCAACUGGAAACUUUUAUAUAUGGAGGCCUUUGCGAAUUCCACUCAAGUGUCCUAACUGCAGAAGUAUUAUUGAAAUUUCUUCAACUGGUAUAGAAUCCUUACCUGUAAAUUUUGCAUUGAGAGCAAUUAUUGAAAAGUACCAGCAAGAAGACCACCCAGAUGUUGUCACCUGCCCUGAACACUACAGGCAGCCACUAAAUGUUUAUUGCCUACUAGACAAAAAAUUAGUUUGUGGCCAUUGUCUUACUAUAGGCCAACAUCAUGGUCAUCCUAUAGAUGACCUUCAAAGUGCCUAUCUGAAAGAAAAGGAUACACCUCAGAAGUUGUUUAAACAGUUAACCGACACACACUGGACAGACAUCACCCGUCUUAUUGAAAAGCUUGAAGAACAGAAGUGUCAUUCUGAAAAAAUGGUUCAAGGUGAUAAGGAAUUUGUUCUUCAGUAUUUUAAGGAGCUUAGUGAUACAUUAGAACAGAAAAAGAAAUUUUUUUUGGCAGCUCUCUGUGAUGUUGGCAAGCUGAUUAAUCAAGAAUACACUCCGCAGAUUGAAAGGGUGAAGGAGAUCAGAGAACAGCAGCUUGAGUUAAUGACAGUGACUACAUCUUUACAAGAUGAGUCUCCACUUAAAUUCCUGGAAAAAAUUGAUGACGUCCGCCAACGUGUGCAGAUGUUGAAACGGAGACCACUUCCCGAGGUCCAGCCUGUUGAAAUUUAUCCUCGAGUAAGCAAAGUUUUAAAGGAAGAGUGGAGCAGAACAGAAAUUGGACAUAUUAAGAAAGCUGUCAUUCCUGAAAUGAGAAUUUCUUCAAAAAGGAUGCCAUGUUCCUGGCCUGAGAAGGAUGAAAAAGAACUCGAAUUCUUUAAAAUUUUAAAUAUUGCUGUAGUUUCACUGAUUUCAAUGAUAUUAAUGUUGAUACUCUUUUUCAACCAACACAUAAUCACCUUCCUAAAUGAAAUCACUUCAAUAUGUUUCUCUGAGGUCUCUUUGUCUGUUUACCAAAGUUUAUCUAAUAACUUAAGUGACUUAAAAAAUAUGGUAUGCUACACUUUAUAUUUGUUAAAGGAAAUCAUGUUGAAAAUAGUUUCUCGUUGAAAACCCAAAUGAACAGUUUUAAGUGGGCUUCUGUUUAGCAGAGGCUAACCAUUGCUAGAUGGAAGUUGGGUAGCAUAAGUAACAAACUUACAUAGAAAUAUGGCAAACCUUCCAUGGUUGGGUAGAAAUGGUGCCAGAAAUGAUAUAUUAUCUGAAAGAUUAUUCAAAUCAAAUUAGAAAAUUAUUUUUGAUUUGAAUAUUUUAUUGGCUUGAUAGUCAAAGUUUUAAA